AUGCCUGUCGACUUCGAUGCUAUCUGGGAGGACCUUCUUGCAGAUUUGAAGACACUCCCCGCUAUCUCGUUUGAUGGAUUUGCCCGCCGAAUUCAUUUCCGAGCUCGCUGGAAUAGUGACUUCAAUAGUCUGAGGAAGUACAUUGACACUGACCAGCCAUACCCUGCUGGCGAUGAAAGUCACAACCAGGAGCUUGAUGGCAUGGACACGGGAUAUGACUUCAGCAGGCUGGGGAAUUGGUUCCUUGCUACCGAAUUCAUAGGUAUUGAUGAUGAUGGCUAUUGGCAGAUGGCUAUGGCAGCGCAACUUGCACCGUACCUUAUCUAUCCCAUUUUUACCCCAGAAGUACUCCGCGGUCUCAUGUCGAUGUGUCUUGCCGAGCAUCUCAAUAGUAAAUUCAAAAGCAAUGGUCAUCCUAGCCUCAUGGAGCUAGCAAACACUACCGGCUUCGCGGACUACUUCAUCAACAGAAUACAAACCAAAUCUUUCAUCAUUAACCUUGCCUUGACUGACCCCACAAGGUCAGAUCAUUUGUUUAGCAUUUCAACUCUUCUGGUCGCGGACUAUCUGUAUUACAAAACGGCUUGGCUUGACAUAUUUAAACUGCUCUCGAAAGACAGACCAAGCUUUAAAGCACUCCAUGCCUGGUCUCUUGUGACAUGGAAUGAGCAAGAACGGGGAGAUGGAGUGGAGACAGAUAACAUUGUGAAGAACUGUGGUAUAGCCGCGACAAUGGCAUAUUGUUCUGUGCUAGGCUCGCUGUCGACUUUCGAUGCACUGAACUUCUUCUACAAGGCAGUAAUGGCUGCGAUUGAUACGGAUUCGUUUCCAGAACUUCGCCCGUACCUCGACAGCAUCCAAGCAAGUCUGAAGAGGUUGAUUGACGAAGCCGCCAUCAUCAACGAAUUUGUAAGCUACUCCGAGAAGCUUUACACGACCUUCUACCACAACAUGUCCGAGAAUUGGCGUCAUGGAGUACGCACCGCGUGGAGAGAACCUAACUUUAAUGAUAUAGCUACACACUCGAAUUCUAGGAAUCUAUCUCCGCCUAUACCGGUAGAAUUACAAUCUCGUCUCUUAUCUGGAACGAACCUGAAUCUUUCUCGAAGUGAAUCAAAGCAGAUAGAGGCCGUUGCUAACAACAACCGAUUCCUUGUGUCCGCGAAGCCGCCACGAUAUAGCCACGAGGGGUAUGGCACCGUGGCGUCAAAGUCUCUGAAAGUGUGCUCGAUCGGCUUCAACCGUGAAGAGCCCUUCACAACACCCUCGCAAGUAUUCUACACUACUACUGGACUUCGAGCGGUAGAUCCAGAUUCCACCAAAGCGAGUUGUCCACAUGCCCAUAUUGGACCACUGAGAAGGGGUCAUGUUCUCUAUCGCCUGACUGGCAACCCCGAUGACUAUACGUACGAGGCGGUGGAAAUAAGGUCUAUAGAAGUGGGCCCUGAAACAGAACAGACCGUAUACAGCGUGUCGCUGUGGGCAGGCGAGCAAUCGCAUCACGCGAACGGUUACCUUCUUGCCAUCAAUGAUCCCAACAGAGCUGUGGAAGCCACGGCCCGUGCCCUUCGUGCCCUUCCACCGAAGAAGCGACUUUCACUUCUUGCGUCAUUUCACGAGCUCAGUUCGACAUUCACGAAGAACGACAUUCAGGCUAUCCAUGAGCGACUGAGUUUUGAGCUCUAUGGUAGUUAUGGGAAGAGAGAGGAAGACCCUAUCUCACGGUCCGAGAUCUUCCCGGCCCUCGUCUCUCCUAGCGACCUGCUAAAGGCGAUGAAAUAUAACCCUCGACAGCUACCCAAUGGUAUUCCUCUGGACAGGAUACAAAGGAGAUUUUCGUUGUUCGCAAUAGGCGACGCUAACUUGCCUUCGGCAUACACGCUGCCCGACUUGAGCUUCCUAGAUGACUGUAUUCUUAUAAAUGACGUGCCUCAGAUCAGAUGCAGGUCGAACCACCAUAGCAGAACGUUUCAAUGGACACGCAGAGUGCAAGAAAAUAUGUUUGAACAUGGAGUCCUAUCACUUUACUCUCACGGGCUGUCGGGCAAGGGUGUGGUACUCAUUUCUACCACAGAUGCACCUGAAGGCUGCUCAAAGAAGGACGUCCAAGCAUUUGAGGCAUUGCCCAAAAGCGUAGCAAAAAACGUCCAGCUGCUUCACGCUAAGCGGCAAGCAGGCGAAAAUGAAAGCGACGAUGAAGGGGAAUACAUACCCGUUAUCACAGUCUCAAUGCAAUACGACAAGAACACAUGGGCCCCGGAUGAACCAAUAGAUGAACCGAAGGAUCCUAUGUCCGGUAUGGACGUGCAAUGGGGUUUUCUGUACCCACCUGAUGGAUCCCAGACCACAGAAACGAGAGUACCCAUUCUUGACGAGCUCAGAGAUCGACUAAACGAAAAAUACAAUCGAGAGUUUGACAGGCUUUAUGAUAGCUGGGAGGUAAUACUGGAUGACGGCAGGACCAGAGCAACCGUGGAAUUUAACCUUGCAAGCGUCGUGCCUUUCAUCUCCGAUGCUGGAAUGGACGUCAACACCUUGAAUGUGAAUUUCAAGUCCCAGUUGGGGAUCGAUAUCACUCUUCCGAUUCUUUUCCAGUCAUUUUAUAUCGACUAUGAUGUGGACCUGCGCACAGUCAAGGGGGCCAUAUUUGACUACAAUCCUCUGAUGCGUGACACAAAAGGAGAUAGGCAUUACAUCUGUGGGACUUCCGACAUUGAUGAUUCCGAGAUCUAUGAUAUGCGAUUGAAGACAUCUAGAGCGUUUGCAGAUUGUGCGAACUUGACUGCGCCGACCUCGGUCACGUCGGCCUUACAGCCAGCACAUGUGACCGAACAGUUGCAUCUGCUGCAAGAGCCUACUGUUGAUGAACUUCUCAAUCCGUAUGGCUAUGAUGAGAUUCAUAACAUGACUCAAAUACUCAUCAAAUCGAUGAUGUUCUACCACAUGGAUGACGAUCAGCGCGAAGAUUUGACAGGCCAGGCAAAGCCCACAGAUUUAGAUUCGAGUUUGGCGGAAAAUCUCCCGUCAGACCUGCAGAAAUUUUUUCGAGAGAAGUACGCCCCGGCGUUUCUAUGUCAGUCGGUGAUGCGAUAUGAAAAGUAUGAAGAUAAUUUCACGGAGCAGGAGAAGAAGAACAUGCGGUAUUGGUGGGACGGAAAUGGUGACAAGUGUCUUGCAAAGUCCAAGGAAUAUGCAGAAAUCAACCGCCGUGCUUCUGUUGAAGCCGUUCGACAAUUUAAUAAAGACAUACUCGAUAAAUAUCUCGACAAUAACCCGACGGAAUGGGCCUGCACUCUUUACGCCGCUCUGAAGGAUAAGGGCCGAAUGUUGACGUAUCUAGCACAUCCUAUCCAGGGCAGCGUAAAUGUGAUCAACCGCGAGUGCUGUAUCCUUGACGCAUUGGCACCAUCGGAGGGAAUAGCUGAUCAGUGGUUCGAAUACUUCGUUGGCUUCGCCAGUGAGCGCCAUAUUCACUAUCCAUACAUUGAUCCAGACGAGGACCUGGCUGGUCAAUGGUUACAUGAUUCGAUGAAGGAUCUCAUUCAACGUGUCCUUGAGGGAGAUCCUUCCGUCGAUGAGGAUGUGCGCAAGGGGUUGGAAAAAGACAUAGAAGAGUUUGAAAAGGCGAAUGGACUUGAUCAAACUGCAACCGCUGAGGCCAGGGCCAGCAAUAUCGUGGAGAAGGGGGCGGUGUUCUUUGCAGAAGCGAAGAAGUGGCUGACCGCGGUAGGCAAAGGCCUUGCGGUUGCUUUGCAAGGCACGAGGUUGUUUCAAUUGGCGGAAGCUAGCUUUGAGCAGGUGACAAAAGCUAUCGGUGACAGCUUGCCAGGGCUUAAGAAGCUGAAGCCAAUUGCUACUAUAGGAAUGGUCGCGUUUUACGUAUUCCAACUUGCGUCGAGUCUCUAUGGGCUGAUCACAGAUUGGGACACCAUGGAAGACGCUAAGAAAGCUGUGGUAAUUUUGGAGAUGAUACAAACCGUUGUGAAUGGCAUCAGCCAGGCUCGUGAUGCCUGGAAUAACUACAAAAACAGAGAUACUGCCACAACUCCAGAGGACGCCUUAGAUACCGCCACUCUAAACCAGGGGGUUGAGAAGUCAGUUUCUGAAAGUGGAGGCGGGCUCGCUGAGAUGUCCGACGGGAUUAAUGGCGAAGGCACAUUCAACGAGAUUGUUAGCGAGCACUUGCUCCCAGAGGGCCCAGCUACCGAAGGCGACAAUGCAGGACGGUGGAACGAAGGCGCCGACAAACCUCCAGAGAAUAUACCAGCUGGUGGGGAGGAUGUAGUGUCCAAGUGGAAGGUAUCUGGAAAUGCUGUCAAGAUCCUCAAUGCUUUCUUAGGCAUUGGAUUAGUUAUCGCAAUGACCUUCAGUUUGGUUCAGGACUGGGAUAAAUUGACAACGGGAGGAAAGAUCAUCAACACGAUCGCGCUGCUUUCGCAAACACUCACCGUGGUUUUGGAUAUUGUGGAAGUGGGCUCAUCCAUUGGACUCUAUACAGUCACAGGGGUAUUUGCCACAGCUUUGCCCAUACUCGGGGCUGUGCUCGCGGUUCUUGGCGUUGUGAUGAUGCUGAUCAACCUGUUUGUGAACUUGUUCGGGGGCUCUCCACCUCCCGACCCGGUGCAGGAGUUCAUCGACCAUGUAGCGAAAGACCUAGUUGGGGGAUUUGAAAAGGCGCCUCCGCCGAAACUUGACUAUACCAUCCCCAGCGUCAGCUAUGAAUCCGGCAAAGUGACAAGCAUCACCAUCAAGGGCGAAAACACCACAGCCGAUGAGAUCAGCAUCCCUAACGCACGAAUCAUUGUGACCAGCGGCAGCGCCGACGUCUGUCUGUUCUCUACGAAUGAAUUUGAACUGGUGGAGGAUACAGACACCGACAAGGACUCGGAUGGACAUCUCUAUGUGACUCCGAACAGUAAAGCCGAGGGCACCUUGUCCAGUAGCGUCCUCGGUGAUGAGACGGAAUACCAUGAAUAUGAUCUAGUAGUCGGAGGAAACAAGAAGGAUACAGAGAACAGUUUGCACAAGCUGAUCCUGCAAGCGAAGGAGAGCUUCACUGCAGUCUGGACAGGGAAGAUUAACAAACGCGGUCGGAGCAUGGUCGAGAUCAUUGAGAAAUCGGAUCUUGACAAAUGCCAUGUUCAGUACACGGUGGCGAGAAUCUGA